CUUCCUUCAAUUUGAAAAUCCGUCACUGAAUGGUCGUUAUUUCAAGUUUAUACAGUUGACAAAAUAUAUAUUAGUGAAUUUAUGCAUUCAUUUCAAAAUAUAGAUUGAAAUGCGAAGAAGUGUUGAAAGUUUUGUAGUAAUUAUUUAAUGGAAAAAGCUAUAUACUUAUUAAAAUGAGUUCAGAAAAUUCAGAUUCCGGUCCAAGCAUCGCGCUCUCCCUUGUAGCCCAAUUUGAUGACAUCAACCGCUUGAAUAAUGUUUUAAAUGAUGGAGCCGCAGAAGAAUAUUUCUUAGCAUUCUUAAAGCAAAUGGAAUGGGUGCGCUGUCAAUGGGCAGCAGCCGAGUCCGAGGCUGUUCGCCUUCAAAGUGAGCUUGACGAAGCUCUAAAGACACUAGGCAAGUGGGAAUCUAAGUUUGCUCAUGUCAGGAAACUGCUUGAUGGAGAAAAAAGAGAAAGAAACAUAAUAUUGAAGAAGUACAAUGAACUGAGUAAACUACUGGACAUGGCCCGUGACCUCUUAUUCAAUGACAAUCGUGCCAAGUUGAAUGAUGAAACCUUACAGAAGCUUGCAUUCCUUAAUGGAACUGCUCAACAAGACCACAAUGCUAAGCUUAGUGGAGUUCCAGAACUUAAUUCUACUGGUACACUACUAUCAGAGAUGUCAUAUUCUCGUUCGGAAGAUGACCUAGACCUGUCACUGGCUUCGUCUCGACGUUCUUGGGUUCAGCGCGGCGGGUGGCAUGCCAGAGAGAACCAGCCCGCCAAUAAGAAAAGGCGAUCGUCAACUUCCUCUGCUACUAAAACAGUGGAGUUGCAGGGCGGCAAGGUGCUGGCCACCGCUACCACUACACUGACACUGGAACGAGCCCCAACCAACCAUGACCUCAAGCCUCCACAGAACUUUCAACCAAUAUCGGAGAGUAGCGACGAAGCACCACCCCCUCCACGGAAGUCUUCAGCUCGUACAUCGGGGGGUGGCGUGACUGCCAUCAAAGAGGAGUAUACACCCUCAGCACCGCCUCGUACAGAAACAGAGAGCGGGUCGGACACCCCCCGCGCGGCGCCGCAGCGGACCCCCUCCAUCAUCUCUGCGGCCUACGGCUCGCCCCGCAACCGCGUGCGCCAACACAACUUCGUGGCCAAGAACUUCUACAAGAGGGAGACAUGCGGGCCCUGUGGGAAGACCAUCAAGUUUGCUAAGAUGGGCGUGAAAUGCGAGUCGUGCCGCGGGCAGGCGCACCACGAGUGCCGCGCCAUGCUGCCGCUGCCCUGCGUGCCGCCGCCCGCGCAGGCGCCGCGACACACGCAGCAGGAGGGCUGUAUCUCUGACUACGCGCCCACCACCCCGCCGAUGGUGCCGGCCUUGAUGGUACAUUGUAUUAAUGAGAUCGAGAAACGCGGACUCAGCGAGAGGGGAAUCUACAGGAUCAGUGCCACAGAGAAGGAUGUUAAAAGGCUCAAGGAGCGGUUCCUGCGCGGGCACGGGUCGCCGUGGCUGGCGGGCGAGGACGUGCACGCGGUGUGCGGCUGCGUGAAGGACUUCCUGCGCGGACUGCGCGAGCCGCUGGUGAGCGCGGCGCUGUGGGCCGACUUCAUGCAGGCCGCCGCGCUGCCCGACCGCGCCGACGCCGCCGCCGCGCUGCUGCACGCCGUCACGCAGCUGCCGCCGCCCAACCGCGACACGCUCGCCUUCCUCGUGCUGCAUCUGCAGAAAGUGGCAGAGAGCCCCGAAUGCGAGAUGGGCAUAGACAAUCUGGCUAAAAUAUUUGGUCCGACCGUCGUCGGGUACGGCAUGAUGUCGCAAGCCGCGGAGAUGUACGCCGCCACAGCGCAGAUGUUCAAGGUGAUGCAGAUAAUGCUGUCGCUGCCGAGCGAGUACUGGGCGCAGUGGGCGUGCCCGGCGGACGGCGCGGGCUCGCCGCGGCCCCGGGCCUUCUUCUUUUCGCCGGCCGACACGGGUGUGUCGAGGAAGAAGCGCAACUAUUUCCAGUGAGGAGCGGGCGGCGCGCCAACGCUUAUGUUAACCAAUCCAUUUAAGUAUGUUUGUUUUCAUUUUCUUCUUUUUCAUAAUUUAAAACUUGUGUAAUUAACUAAUAAUUUAAUAUGUAGUUUUGACUUUUGUAAUACUUUGAAUUGAAUUUACUUGGUGAUGUACGGAGUUAGCUCGAUCCACAUUUAACACUAAUCAUACCAACACUUACUGAUGCCUAUUUCUACCAUAGCGGGUAAAUAAAGGUAUACAACAACUAUUCCUUUAAAAAAACAAAACAAAAUAGUAUAAUAAUUGUAGAUUAAUUGGUAAGAAAUAGUCAUGAAGUCAAAUGUGCAAAAGCAAUAAGAUGAUACGUGCAUAUUCAAUGCUAAAGUCUAAAAUGGGUAAUUUGACCCGUUAUGGUAUGUUUAGUGUUAAAUAUACUUAGCAGUAAGGUACUUAUCAUUAUCAUUAUUUUUGCUCGCACAUUUUUUUUUGUUAUUAAAACAAAUACAACUUUUUAUGUGUUAAAAUUAAUCAAUUACUGAAAAAAAAAAAUUAAUCUUUGAAAAGUAAUAACAAGUAAAAGAGAGACACUUUAUUGGCUUUUGCAUAAACCUUUGUUUUGGAAAUGUGUGAUAAUUUAAUAAUUAUUGUAAACUACCCGACAAUUUAAAUAAUUAAAUUAAAACGCUGUGGAUCUUGAGAAACAUCUGACAAUCAUUUUUAUUUAAUAUUGUAAACCGUAGAAAUAGUCGCCAAUGUAAUAACCGUCUAUUUGUUCGAACAUACUUAGUUAAUGUCGUUUAGAAUUAAGUUUAGUUAUCAUGACCUUUACGAUAACAGUAGCAUUGUAAGUUUUUUCAAGAGCUUUACUGCAGUCUGCGCCGAUUUCGAGUGCUGAGUGAAGUCGGAGCGCAAUGUAGAGCUUUCUCAAACGAACUUCCGUUAACGUAGUAGUUGUUUUAUGAUCACUUUAGUACAGAAGUGUUUGUUCAAUUGCCACUAUGAGCAGACACGAGACAGAACAUGUGAUAUAAUUGACGUAGUUACACAACUGAAUUGUGUUCUGUGAAACUGUACGUACGAACAUCAGUGUGCUUAGUUGUGAGUUUUUUAACGUUCUCGAUAGCGUAAAAGUUAACUCAAGUUUGUAUGGAGUUGAAACGUUUGCCUACGUUUGCCGCUAGGGGCGCUGUUCUAACUCCAUACAAAUUUGAGUUAACUUUUACGCUAUCGAGAACGUUAAAAAACUCUGACGCAUUCGAGCUCGGCGUGCCGCGGUGUGAAGAUAUGAUCAGAUUAAUUGAAUAUGCAAUUUCGAAAAGGGCACAUGUCGCAUAUUUUGUCAAAUGCGUUUUUUCAUAUACAUGUAGUUUUGAGGCUUACCUACACCCAUUUUAUAAUAAUUCCAGUAAUUUUCAAUUGCUAAUUAACACUUAAAUAUAUCUCAAAAGUUAAUAUUUUAAAUUUUACACUGCUUUAGAAAAUAAUCAGUUUUUUUUCUAUUUCCUGAAUAUUUUACAUUUUCAGAGAUGUGCCCUUUUCGAAAUUGCAUAUUCAAUUAUAUCUUAAGCUAGCUAAUUUGUCAUUAGUAUUUAGUUUUUCUUCCAAAUGUAUUACUAAACAAUAGUUUACAUACUUUAUGUACUUAACUAGUAAAUAUAUUUUUUUUUAAUAUAUAAUAACCCUGCUAAUUCUGCUCGCGUGUACUGUAGAAUUAAAACUAUGACCUCGUGUCUCUGGGAGGGUGGCGGCAGUCGUGUCUGAGCUCCGGGAACGACUUAACAACAAAUGGGACUGUGAGCUUGGUCACCCUUAUAAACCUGUGAAAGGAAAGUAGUUGUAAUCCUAGAACACAUUGUGUCUAGAUACCAUCUAAGUUUGGUGGGGUGAUUGUAAAAUUGUUUUUAAUUUUUUUGUAAAUGGUCGUAACCCAAUUCAACACACCAAAAAAAGUAAUAAAAUUAUUGUAUUGGCAACAGUACUUGGGCAUACUUUAAGUAAAGCAAGGGUGGAUCCAGCUUUGGCGCCAGGAGGGGGUCACAUAGUCGUGGGCAAGUUAAGAACUUAUUAUUUAAUUUUGAUAACAAUAGAUAAUAAGUAAAUCAUGAUGUUCUUCAAUUAGUCCAAGUUAGUUCAAGUACUGGAACUAGCUCAGGGGGGGGUCAUGACCCCCACGACCCCCCCCCCCCUGGAUCCGCCGUUGAAGUAAAGCAGCUAUUUUGAAAUGAAUGUGAUUUACCUUGAAAUGUUUCGUUAUCUGGAUACAGGUUCAAGUCAAUAAAAACAUGUUAAAAUUUCAGGUAACUCAAUUAAAAAAAGUUAUAACCAUGAGAUUCUAGAGAUAGAUUUGUUGCGUGCGUGUGUGUGUGUGUGUGUUACAAAUAUGUAUUGUUUCGGAGGACUAGUCGUAUUCAACGUCUUAGACAAACUAUGCGUUUUCAUGUAUUUUUUUUUCUUCUUUUUUAUCUUUGUAUAAUUUUGUUUGCGGCCGUUACUAACUCGAACAUAUAGUAGUGUCUCAUGACUCUAUCAAAUACGUUCUCGCCUAAAUAUCCUUGUUUUAGGUAAGAACCCUGUGAAUCGCUAGUAGGGUUGCCACCCGUACUUUAUAAUAAAGUAUUGUACGUUAUUUCAGGUAAUUGUACUCUAUAUUUUAUGUGAACGAUAAAGUACACGAAAAUACUUUAUUUGAUGUACUUUAUCUGCAAAAAAAAGGUGGCAACCCUAAUCGCUAGUAUGAGGUAGAUAGGAUUUAGUGUGCCUAGCAUGACUGAGCCGGUGGUGCGUGGUCGGUCGUUUGCUCUGUGUCUGGAUGCCUGUUGUUUAUAUAUGUAUAUAUUUAAAUCGUAUAUGUUUGUCCGUCUCUGGUACCCAUAACGCAGGGAAUCCUAAAUUGGGUCCGGAUGAUCAUGAGUUAUUCUCAGAUAUUAUUAUUAGUAUAAAAAUAUUCGUUGCGAACUGGAGCCAUUUUGCUUUAUUAUAAACUCAUAUUGUUAGUAAAUAAAAUAUUUCUUUCUUUUGUUGUAUCUUUAUUAUUAUAUACAUAUAUAUUAUUUAUGAUGUUUAUAAUUCUGAUUUAAGUAAGCAUAGUAUUUUUUUUUUUUAGUUUUAUUUCACACUUUAAUCCCAAUUUUAGUUAAUAAUUUGAUAUAGCUCUAAUAUUUAAAAAUAAUUCACACUUUAAGAAGGUAAAAAAUACCAUUCUUACCUUCUUACAGUACUUUUGAUUGACUAACUUUAGUUUGUUUAAUGGAUGUAUUCGUAAACAGAAACGUAAAUAUUUACGUUGACACAAUGUUAACAAAGUUGUUUGUGGCUUUUAUUAUUUUACAAUAAAUAAAAUGUUCACGCAA